AUGGUCCCGCGUGCGCCUCGAAUCGGCGACUUCGAGCCGUACCGACCCCAGCUGCUGAGAGGUCAGACCGACGACUCCGACACUUCUAAGCUCUCGGUCCCGCUUUCUUCGCAAUCCAACGAGGCAGACGAUGAGCAGAGCCUGUCUGACCCAAGCUACGAUAUGGAGUCCAGCGCCGACUCCCCGCAGUAUGAGGGCGAAGACACCAGGUUGACCAGCAACAAGGAGCUGUCGGGCUUCUACAUGUACGGAUGGGCUGCUGAGCUCCACUUCCAAACCGCAGCUAACACGCCCAAGGUCUUCGUCGUCUGUGGAAUCGGCAGCUUCAUUCCCGUCACCCUCGAGCAACUUGCGCGCGAAAAUGGCGUCCUUCUCUCCGACCGCACCACCCCAUGCAAGGCCCCACGACCCAUCACACCCUCCUUCUCCGCAAGCUCCUUCGAGGCGCUCUUGAGGCCCAAUCCGGAGAAGGGACAAUGUGUCGUACAUAUUCUGGGCAUCGAGAUCAAUACGGCCAGCUUCGCCAUGUACACUUUCAGCAUCUCGGUGCUGAUACAGGCUCUGCUGAUCAUCAGCAUGAGCGGCGCAGCAGACCAUGGCGAGAUUCAGGAAAACAUUCCUCUUGUGCUCCUAGGCGCCGUGCUCGCCAUCAUCUCAAACACAUGCUUCGGCGCAAGUUUUGUCCUGCUGAACAGCUUCCUCCCACUGCUCGUCCGCUUCCAUCCAACUGUCCGCUACCCAGAGUCCAGCGCCGAUACCUCCUACGUAAGCGAUGAGGAAGAAGACGACUCCCAAACCCCCACUCAAGAGCGCAUCGAGCACGAAGCGCGCUGGGCAAACCACCUUUCCCAGCGCGAAGCCGCUCUCGAUGAACCCGCAAACGUAACAACCGCACUCCUCCCCUCCCGCGCCCCCCUAACCUCCCCACGGGUGAAGCCCUCUACCGCACCAUCCCAAGAACUCGCCCUUUCCACAAAGAUCUCCUCCUACGGCAUCGCAAUUGGAUACAUCGCCGCCCUGCUCGUGCAAACAAUGGGCAUCAUCGUCGUCAUCUUCUUCCAAUCCUCCAACUUCGGCCUGCGCCUCGUCCUCUUCAUCAUCGGCCUGUGGUGGUUUAUCUUCACCAUCCCCACUGCGCGCUGGCUACGUCCGCGCCCCGGCCCACCCCUUCAUCUCGCGCCGCAAACAUCCAAUUUCCGCACCGGACUCGCAUACUUUUCGUACUCGUGGAAAGCCCUCGCCCGCACCGCCACGCACGCGCGCCUCCUCAAAGACGUCCUACUCUUCCUCACCGCAUGGUUCCUGCUCUCAGACAGCAUAGCCACCGUGUCCGGCACCGCCGUGCUCUUCGCAAAGACAACGCUCGGGAUGAGCUAUGCCAUGCUCGCCCUCAUCAACGUCAUCGCCACCCUCUCCGGCGUCCUCGGCGCGUUCACAUGGUCGCGGCUCUCCUCCUUCUGCGCACUAUCCCCCGUCCAAACCAUCCUCUGCUGCAUCUUCCUCUUCGAAUUAAUCCCCCUGUACGGCCUGCUCGGCUACCUCCCCGCCGUGCAGCGCCUGGGCUAUCUGGGCCUGCAGCAGCAGUGGGAAAUGUACCCGCUCGGCGCCGUCUACGGCUUCGUCCUCGGCGGCUUGUCGUCGUACUGUCGCAGCUUGUACGGCGAGUUGAUUCCCCGCGGCUACGAGGCGCAGUUUUACGCCCUGUAUGCCAUCACAGAUAAGGGGAGUAGUGUUUUUGGGCCUGCGAUUGUCGGCGCGAUUACGGAUCGCUGGGGCGAGAUUAGGCCUGCAUUCUGGUUCCUCGCUGUCCUCGUCGGCUUGCCUUUUCCCAUCAUGUUGUUCGUCAACGUUGAGCGCGGUCGUGAAGAAGGGGCUGCGCUGGCAAGGAAAUUAGAGGAGUUGAGUAGGCUGAGGGACGAGGCGGUUGUUGCGGCGGAGGAUGAGGGCGAAGAUGAGAAUCUUUCGCGGGAUGUGAGGCAGGGGCUGGAGGAGAGUUUUUCGUAUCAGCGUUCUUGA